AUGGACACGCUUCGAGGCAAUCGCAAGGUCCUGCCCAACUACCUGCUGGACGACUAUGUUCCCGCACCUGAUUCUCAGAGCGUCAACGAUCGCCGAUCCAGCAGCUCACUGGCACACGCUCCCGUCAACUUGAACCUGAAUGAGAGCUCUCGUCAGCCCCUUAACCAACCGGUUGGCGCGUCUACCAGUGUCGCUGAUUCGGUCGAUGCGCCUGCGACGCCUAUCGGCUCUCUGCCGCGUAGAAAGAAAAAGCUCAGACAAGCAUGCGUCUAUUGCCGACGAUCGCAUCUGGUGUGCGAAGAGAAACGCCCUUGCCAUCGCUGUGUUAAAAGGGGAAUCGCAGAUCGAUGCGUUGAUCCUCCACAAGAAGGCCAGCUUGACCACGAGGACAGCUGGCCAGCCACUCUCGAACCAAGCACCAACCCCAUUUCAUUACAAGAAGCUCGGUUCCCAUUGUCAGCCGCAGCUGCCUCAACAUUCCAGCUCGCACCGUCCAUUUCCAACGACGACAUUACCGAGCGAGCCGCAUCCGAUGGCAGUCGGAAUAGGAAGAGGAAAAUCAAGUCCGAGGAUGCUCGUGGCAGCUCCACAGAAUCGCAUCAACAACAUAAACUCCAAGCCGCUGCGCAUCUCGAACAUAACCAACCGCCCAUCUCGCUUGAAUAUGCAUCCUCAGCACCACCGUCGUCGUCUUAUGUAUCUCGCACUGAUUACGCCCCGUCGCGACCGAAUAUCCACACAAAUGUGCAAGCAUCAGUGCCAAGUAGCGCCAUGUCGGCACCGGGAGCACCUUCCCACACGUCGAUACCACAGUCGAUCCCAAUGCAAGCAGGAUCCUCAAUGCCAGCGAGAGCCGCACCGUCGCAGCUGCUCCAGGGCCAGCCCAUCUUCCAGCCACCUACCUCGGCAGAGCUCGACUCUCUCUUCUCAACCUACUUUUUUGACGUCGCAGACGCGUUUCAUACGCGCCAGAAUGGCGCUCCUCAUGAUGAAAUGCCGCCGCACCCGCACAAUACAAACGGCCAAGCUACGUCCAUGUUUCCACAUCAACCACGCCACCAGCCACCACAUCAGCAAGCUCAUCACCCAUCACAUCUUGCUCAUCUCGAUGACAUUGGUCCUGACAUGGGCGCCUCGUUGCCAACGUUACACCAUCAUUACGUCGAUCCUUUCGUCCCAUCGAGCUCCGACCCACGCAACCUUCGGCCAGCUCAUCCAGUCGCACCGUUGCCGCAGCAUCAGCCGCGGCCGUCAGAUCUCGGCAAUAGCCAUCCAGUAGGGUCUGGCACGACGUCUGCGAACGACGUAGCAGAUCACAAUCUGAGCAAUGUACAUGCUACUUCUGCACUACACGUACCGAGCGAUGUCGCUUAUGCCCAGAGUGCAAAGCUUCGAGCCGGUUCGAACGGCCAAGAAGCGCAGGCUCGACAGAGGCCCGGCGAUGUAUACGCUCCGUAUCCAUACCGCAAAGGCUAUGCAUCACUGAUGCGAUACAUGACGGAACAGAAUUGGUCCGAGCAGUCGAUCCGAUCGGUGGAGGCGGCGCUCUCGAAAAUCCGACGUCUUUGGUUCUCGCUCGAGGAUAACAUUCAACCAUCGAGCCUGAUCCAGUUGCAAGCCGAAUGGGCAGGCAAUGUGCGCUACUUUUCCGAGUCAGUGCUUCCCUUUACACCGAUACCAAUGCUCGUGUGCCGCAAAGCGGGCGAAGUGUACGCGUCGAAUCAGCUGGCGCAGGAUCUCUGCGGCAGAGGCAGACACGAGAUGACCGGCGGUAGGCUGUCGUGUUAUGAGCUCAUGACCGAGAGUUCGGCAUCAGAGUUCUUUCGAUUGUAUGAGCUCGCUGUGGGUGGAAGCCAAGCCGAAGAUGGGAGCUACAUUCCCACCGUUGGCAACACGGCGCCACUCUAUUGGAAUGCUGAGAUCGUGCAACCAAGCAAUGACGGGAAGCACGUCGUGAUUCCCACACGAGGCAUUUUCGAGAUGAAAAUUGCACCUUGUGGUCUGCCUUCGCUGUUGGUUUGCUGCUUUGUCCCGUUGACCUGA